GCUAUUGGAGAUUCAUAUGUUAGGAACAUAGAAUUUUCCCUAUUGUUUGUUAGGACAAUGCAUAAGGUUGUGGCAGUUGAGUGGCUUAGGAUUCAUAGCUUGUCUCAUUGCGGUGAUGGAUGUUAUGCACAAUGCAGUUGAUAUUAGUUUGGGAAAUUUGAAAUAUUGCAUUGUAAAAUUGUUGGAACGGGAGUUAAGAUUACGUUGCACAGAAAAACUAGUUGAUAGUAGUUUUUUCUCUGUCUUUCUGAUUUUUUUGAACAAACUUGUUGCUUUUUCCAGUUCCGCAGUUUUGGGAUUGGUGCCUAAUUGAUACGCGUUUCUUAUUUUAGAUUUUGACUUGUCUGAUGUCCAGCAAGAGCAUGCUAUGGUGAUUGAACAUCUUGCGCCAAGAUUUGCUGCUUUGAGAUUUGAACUGUGCCCGUGCCAUAUGAGCGAGAGUUACUUCUGGAAAGUGUAUUUUGUUCUUCUGCAUUCGAGGCUCAAUAAGCAGGAUGCCGAGGUCUUAUCCACACCCCAAGUAAUGGAAGCCAGAGCAAAGUGGAUGCAGGAGCUACAUUGUCAGACUGCAUUAGAACAUGAUCAAUUUGGAAGAAACACAUCUUUUUUAAAAGACAGUUCCAAUAUACUAGACGAAGAUUGUGCUCCGGUCUCAUCAUGUAGUGUUUAUUACGAGGACAAGAUGCUAAGGACGUAUCCUUAUGAAUCAAGGAUGUCCCCCACGGCUUAUGAGACUGAGAAGCACCCAGUUGAGAGUGAUGAAGUCCCAUUUAUUGACAAGUCUGUUACUGAAGAAAAGCCCAUCAUUAAGAGCGAGGACAAGAAUCUAACAGGUUGGUCCAUCCUCGAAGAUGCUAGAUAAUAUCUACAAAGAUGAUGACGACGAU